CUCUGACACAUUGGAAGUCAAGGAAUAUACGUGGAGUUUCUUGGGACAAGUAUCGUUAUCCAUACAAAGGAACAACAUCCCAUUGGAAAUCAGGAAUACAAAACGCAAAUUCAGGAAAGAAGCAUCCUCGCAGAGGUCCUUGGACACCUGGGACAUCACGGGAUAUACAUGAAACUUCAUGGGAUAACUAUACUUACCCAUCAAUAGGUAUGCCAUCUCGUGACCCAUCAGAAGAACAAAACAGACAGCCACAAACGACAUAUACUUAUCCAACCACAGUUGCAGAUCCUUCGACACAUUGGGAGUCAAGUAAUGUACAUGGAACUGCUUGGAACAAGUAUCGUGAUCCAUCCAUAGCUACAACAUCACAUGACCCAUCAGAACAACAAAACAGACAGUCACAAACAACAUGUGCUUUCCCAACCACAGCUGCAGAUCCUUCGACACAUUGGGAGUCAAGGAAUCUACAUGAAAUUGCCUGGGAGAAGUAUCGUGACCCAUCCAAUUCUACAACAUCACACUGGAAAUCAGGAAUACGAAACAUCCAUUUUGGGAAGAAAUAUGCUUACUCACGCAAAGGUCCUUUAACUCCUUGGAAGUCACGGCAUGUCAUGGGAAUGUCUUGGGACAAGUACCGUUACCCAUUCAUGGGACCAGCAUCACGUCAGCCACCUGGAGAACAAUCAAAAAAACCAUACGCUUACCCAACCACAGGUCCUCUGACACAUUGGAAGUCAAGGAAUUUACAUGGAAUUUCAUGGAAUAAGUAUCGUUACCCAUCCAUAGGUCGUUUUACACAUUGGAAGUCAAGAAACUUACGUGGAAGUACAUGGAACAAGUAUCGUCACCCAUCCACAGAUACGACGUCACAAUGGAAAUCAGGGAUACAAAACAUACACCCAGGGAAAAAGUAUGCUUACUCGUGCAGAGGUUCUUCGACACAUUGGAAGGCACGACAUGUACAUGGAAUUGCCUGGGACAAGUAUCGUUACCCAUUCAUAAGCCCAACCUCACGUGAUCCUUCAGAACAAAACAGAAUAUCCAAGAGAAAAUGCGGUUACCCAAACACAGGUAUCAUAUCACUUUGGAAAUCAGGAAUACAUAAUACAAAUUCAAAGAAAAGUUAUGCUUACUCACGCAUAGGUUCUUGGACACCUUGGACAUCAACAGAUGUACAUAAAAUGUCAUGGGAUAAGUGUACCUACCCAUUCGUAGGGUCAACAUCACCGGGGCUCUCGGGACAACAAUACAAAAAACCCAAGAAAAAGUAUCCUUUCCUAACCGCAGGUCCUUUGACACAUUGGAAGUCACGAAAUGUACUUGGAAAUUCAUGGAGCAAGUAUAUUUACCCAUCUCUACGUCCUUUGACACCUUGGAAAUCAAGGAAUAUGCAAAGAAUUGCAUGGGACAAGUAUCGUUGCCCAUCCCUAGGGUCAACAUCACCUGGGCCCUUGCGAGAGCAACACAAAAAAUCGAAGAAAAAAUAUGCUUAUCCAGCCACAGGAGGUCCUUUGACACAUUGGAAGUCAAACAAUGUACAAGAAAUUUCAUGGGACAAGGAUAUUGAUCCAUCGAUAAGUCCAUUGACACCUUGGAAGUCAAGAAACUUACAUGAAAUUUCAUGGGACAAAUAUAUUUACCCCUCCAUAAAUCCUCUGAUGCCUUGGAAGUCAAGGAACAUGCAAUCAAUUUCAUGGGACAAGUAUAAUUACCCUUCCAUAGGGCCAACAACAUCUGGGUCCUCAUACGAAUAUCAUGGAAAAUCAAAGAAAAAUUAUGCUUAUGCAAACACAGGUGCUCUGAUGCCCUGGAAGUCAAGCAAUGUGCAUUCAGUUUCAUGGAACAAGUAUAUUUGCCCUUCCAUGAGUACAACAUCUCAUUGGAAAUCAACAACACAAAACUUAAAUUCGGGGGAAAACUAUGCUUACCCGUGCAGAGCUGCAAGUCCCAAGACACCUUGGACGACGUCAAAUGAUGAACAAGAAAUGUUAUGGGACAACUAUCCUUACCCAUCAAUAAGUGCAAGUCCCAGGACACCUUGGACAUCGUCAAAUGAUGAACAAGAAAUGUCAUGGGACAACUAUCCUUAUCCAUCAAUAAGUGCAAGUCCCAAGACACCUUGGACAUCAAACGAUGAACAAGAAAUGUUAUGGGACAACUAUCCUUACCCAUCGAUAAGUACUAGUCCUACGACACCUUGGACGUCGUCAAAUGAUGAACACGAAAUGGCAUGGGACAACUAUUCUCACUCAUCGAUGGGGACAACAUCACCUGGACCCUCAGGAGAACAAUACAGAAAGUCACAGAAAACAUAUGCUUGCCAAACUACAGGAGCUCUAAUACCUUGGAAAUCAAACAGUGUACACGGAAUUGCAUGGGACAAGUUUUGUCACCCAUCCAUAGGUUCAACAUCACACUGGAAAUCGGGGACACAAAACGUAAAUUCAGGGGGAAAUUAUGCUUGCUCAUGCAUAGGUCCUUGGACAUCUUCGAAGUCAACAAAUGUUCAUGGAAUUUCAUGGGACCAGUAUUCUUAUCCAUCCAUAGGGUCAACAUCACCUGGGCCCUCAACAGAUUAUUUCAGAAAAUCCAAGAAAAAAUAUACUUACCAAACUACAGGUCCUUUAAUGCCUUGGAAGUCAAAGAACGUUCAGGAAAUUUCAUGGGACCAGUAUCGUUACCCAUCCAUCGCUUCUACAUCAUAUUGGAAAUCAGAAACACAAAACGUAAAUUCUGCGGAAAAGUAUACUUACUCAUGCAGAGAUCCUUGUAUGCCUGGAACAUCACAGGAUGUAGGUGGAAUUUCAUGGAACAACUGUAAUUACCCAUCUUAUCCAUCGAUAGAGCCAACAUCACCUGGGUCCUCAGGAGAAUACUUCAGAAAAUCGAAGAAAAAAUAUCCUUACCAAAGUGCAGGUGCAGGUCCUUUGACUCCUUGGAAAUCAAAAAAUGUACAUGGAAUUUCAUGGGACCAGUAUUCUUAUCCAUCUACGGGAACAACAUCGCAUUGGAAUUCAGGGAUACAAAAUGUAAAUUCAGGAGGAAAUGAUGCUCAUUCACCUAUUGGUCCUUGCACAUCUUGGACAUCAAGAGAUGGACAUGGAAAAUCGAAGAAAAAAUCCACUUACCCAACAACAGGUCCUUUGAUGCCUUGGAAAUCAAAGAAUAUGCAUGAAAUUUCAUGGGACAAGUAUCGUUACCCAUCCAUAGGUACAACGUCACACUGGAAUUCAGAGAUACAAAACCUAAAUUUAGGGAUACAAAACCUGAGUUCAGGGAUACAAAACCUAAAUUCAGGGAUACAAAACCUAAAUUCAGGAGGAAAUUAUGCUUACUCGCACAUAGAUCCUUGGAAGCCUACAACAUCAAGGGACGUGCCUACAACAUCAAGGGACGUGCCUACAACAUCAAGGGACGUGCCUACAACAUCAAGGGACGUGCCUACAACAUCAAGGGACGUACAUGCAAUUUCAUGGGACAACAAUACUUACCCAUCAAUAGGACAAACAUCACCUGGGUCCUCAGGAGAAUGUUACAGAAAAUCAAAGAAAAAAUCCACUAACCCAACAACAGGUCCUUUGAUGCCUUGGAAAUCAAGGAAUAGAAAUUCAUGGGACCAGUACCCUUACCCAUCUGUGGGUGCAAUGUCACACUGGAGAUCAGGGAAACAAAAUGCAAAUUCAAGGAAAAAUUACUCUUGCUCACGCGUAGAUCCUUGGACACCUAGCACAUCAAGGAAUGUACAUGGAAUGUCAUGGGACAACUAUACUUACCCAUCAAAUCAAACAUCACCUGGACCCUCAGGAGAACAAUAUAGAAAGUCAAAGAAAAAAUAUCCUUACUCAAACACAGGUCCUUGGAUGCCGUGGACAUCACGGGAUGUACAUGGAAUUUCCUGGAACCAGUAUCCUUAUCCAUCGAUAAGUACAACUUCACAUUGGAAAUCAACAACACAAAACGUAAAUUCAGGCGAAAACUAUGCUUACUCAUGCAAGGGUCCUUGGACCCCUUGGACAUCACAAGAUGCACACGGAAUGUCAUGGAACAACUAUUCUUAUCCAUCAAUAGGACCAACACCACCUGGACAAAUAAUGGACCAUCACAGAAAAUCAAAGAAAAGAUAUCCUUACGGAAACACAGGUCAUUGGACACGUGGAAGGUCACAGAAUAUACAUGGAAUUUCAUGGAACCAAUAUUCUCACCAAUCCUUAGGUCCAACAUCACCUGGGUCCUCUGGAGAGCAAUACAGAAAAUCAAAGAAAAAAUAUGUUCACCCAACCACCGGACAUUGGACCCCUUGGACAUCACAGGAUCCACAUGGAAUGUCGUGGGAAAACUAUACUCACCCAUCAAUAAGUCCUUUGACACCUGGGACAUCAGGAAAUGUACACGGAAUUUCAUGGUACAAGUAUACUGACUCAUCCAUGGGUUCUUGGAUGCCUUGGACAUCACAGGAUGUACAUUCAAUGUCAUGGGACAACUACACCUAUCCAUCUACAGAUCCUUGUACGGCUGGGACGUCAGGGAAUGUACAUGGAAUUUCAUGGGGAAAGUAUACUUAUCCAUCAAUGAACCCGACGACAUCUUUUCCAUCUUGGAAGCAAAACAGAAAUACAAAUGUGUAUGCUUCCCCAACAACAGAUCCUGUGACAUCUUCUACUUCAGGGAAUGAACAUGGAAUUUCAUGGGACCAGUAUUCUUACCCAUCCGUAGUCCAGGGCCUUGCACCUCUUGGACAUCAAGGCAACAGCACAGAUUUUAAGUCUCUCAUGCACUUACAGAACCAUUUGUAAGUAAGGAGGUGUAUUAUGUUUUGAUGGCUUAAUGCCUUAUUAAACUAUUCCAGGAUGGAACACAACAAAGAAGGAGUGCAGAAAGAUUACAUUGUAUUGGCGAGUGGCAUAGGAAGGAAGAGGUGGAAUUUCUGAGUAGAAACUGUGUGGGAGAGUGACCUUUACCCAAAUUUCUCUCACAUUAAAAAAAAAAACCAAAAAGCAAAAA